GUCGCGGAAGCGAUUUCCAGCUGUCAAACAGAUUUUGGUAAAUCAGUUUCAGCCAUCAAGUCAGCGGAAAGUAUCGACUGAAGUAACCUCAAUAUGGACUCUCCACGCUGGUUGCCCCUGGAGUCGAAUCCAGAAGUCAUGACCAAGUUUGUCAAUAGCCUGGGUAUGAGACCAUCCUGGCAAUUUGGAGAUGUGUAUGGACUGGACCCAGAGCUUCUCAGCAUGGUACCAAGACCAGUGUGUGCAGUGCUGCUCCUUUUCCCAGUGACUGAGAAGUAUGAGGCUUUCAAGCAAGAAGAGGAGGACAAACUCAAGGAUAAGCCACAGGAGGUCUCUCCUGAUGUCUACUUCAUCAAGCAAACUAUUGGAAAUGCCUGUGGAACAAUAGGAUUAAUACAUGCAGUGGCAAACAACCAGACUCACCUGGAGUUCGAGUCUGAUUCUCCUCUUAAGAAGUUUAUAGAACAAACCACUAAAAUGACUCCAGAGGAAAGGGCCACAUUCCUGGAAAAAGAUGAGAGUAUACGUGUCACACAUGAAUCCAGUGCACAGGAGGGACAGACUGAGGCCCCGAGUUUAGACGAGAAAGUGAACCUGCAUUUUAUAGCUUUUGUGAACGUCGGAGGACAUUUAUAUGAACUGGAUGGUCGGAAGCCUUUCCCUAUUGUCCAUGGAAAAACUUCAGAAGAUUCUUUACUAGAGGAUGCAGUAGAGGUUUGUAAGGUCUUCAUGGCUCGUGACCCUCAGGAGGUUCGUUUCACCAUCAUUGCACUCUCCAAAGAUUCAUACUGAGGAAAGUCCCUCGUGACCCCAGAACACAGAUGAAGCAUGACUGCCAAACAUUCUCAAGUGCUGACUUAAUCUGAAAUUUCCAUUUUGUUCAAAAUGCUUUUGCAAGUGAUUUGAGGAGAAAAUAUUCAAAUGUCAGGGAAAUCAUUUUGAGGAUUCUUGUUGUACAUCACAUGUUUUGGUGUGAGAAUUUCAGGGGCUGCUUUGCAACUUAAAGUAUUCAGAAUUAAGAUCAAAGUCUUUCAGAUUUGCACUGAGAAGAGCUCCCCAUUACUGUAAUACAGAUGUUAGAUGUACAAAAUUACAUUGCACUAAAGUUCGUUUACAUGGCUUGUUUGGCUUUGAGUUAUAACGAUUUUCCACGUCACUUAGUGGUAUUUGGAUGUAGAGAUUUGUUCCUGGUCAUAUGUCUAACCACAUUGUCAAAACCUGAAGAAGAAGGCUUUAAUUGAAGUCAUGGCUUUGAAGAAACACAUAGGCUUAAUGCUGUUUUAUGCAGUAAUGUUGUUAGAGAAACACAUCAAUAAAAGUCUCCUGUAAGUGAGGCUCAUUGAAACAUGCAGACCCUACAUCCGUGUGGAAGGUGCCUACAUUUUUGUAAUAAGAAUCAAAUUCUGUCAAAUAAAAGGCAAAUUUAAUAAUAAAA